UGUCUAUAUAUACCAUUGGACCUUCAUCUCCUCCUUUCAAUACAGCUUAAGGAAAAAAGAAGCAGUGCCGGAAAACAACACAACACAGAAAGCAAAGAAACAUGACUAGUGCUACUGCAAUCAUCUCAUCAGGAACCCACACCACACUCUCAAAAUCCAGUCUUACAACCAAAAGAUCUCCACUCGAUCCAUGUUCUCGCCUCACUUUCACUGCCCAUCUCCCCAAAUCAAGACUUUCAUUACUCGGAACUCAUUCCAAAUCCAUCAGAGCCACUCCAGUUAAGGCCUCCGCCGCGGCUGUAUCUGAUAGCAUUUAUGUCAAUACUGAGAGUUUCUACGACUUGCUGGGGAUCUCAGAGACCGGAACAGUGUCAGAAAUCAAGAAAGCGUACAAGCAACUAGCAAGAAAGUAUCACCCUGAUGUGUCACCGCCAGGGAAAACAGAAGAGUACACGAAAAGGUUCAUUCAAGUUCAAGAGGCUUAUGAGACAUUGUCUGAUCCUGAGAGGAGAGCGCUGUAUGAUAGAGAUAUGAGCAGAGGAGGUCUUGGGCUGCACACAAUCUUCUCUGCUGGAAAACGAAAUCGGUCCAGCUUGUAUCGUGAGGAGGACAGAUUUGAAUGGGAACAAAGAUGGCAAUCUCAGCUUGCAGAGCUAAUAAGGAGGAGUAACAGUUCUAGCAGUAGGAGUAAUGAUUUAGGGAAUAUGAGCUGGGGAGCUAGAAUGAGAAAACAAAGAAGUUAUAGUAAUUAAUCAGAGUUUCUGCCUUUGCACGAGAUCAUCAUUUUCCCUAGAUUUAAAUGGGCAAAUGUAUGAUUGUAUAAAAUGUGUUCUAAUGUAUAUAGUUAUUUUUUCUUUAAUGGAUUUGGCUUUUCCUUUUUUCUUGAGCA